UUCAUCCUUUCUAUAUCAACCUCUUCCUUCUCUCUCUAUCCCUCUCUCUCUCUCUCUCAUAAAAAAAAUCUCUCUAGCUAGUUCUUUCUCUUCAAACAAAAUCAAUACUUACCACUAUACAAAAUGGAAAACAACCUACCAAUAAUAACAAAGAGAGCAUGGAACAUGUUACGUGUGGCCUUGUUCAUGUUAAGAAAAGGCAUAUCAAAGGGAAAACUUAUGAUGGACCUAAACAUGAUGCUCAAACGCCGCGGCAAACUCGCCGGAAAAGCCAUCACCAACCUCAUCUUCCCUCACCACCACGGCAGCUCCACCUCAAGGGACUACGAGUUCAGUUGCAGCAACACACCUAACUACAAAUUUGUCCUCAACAACAAGCGUCACCGGAACAACCACUUCUUCGCGUGUGCUCACGCUCCUCUCACGCAAGAGGACGACAUUGUUACCGUUAAUGCAGUUAAGACUAUGUUGGAAAGUAUGGUAAAUAAUCAUGAGGUGAUGGUUGAGGCUUCCCCGGCGCUCCCCGGGUUCGGGCGGACACCUAAGGCAAGACAGUUAAGGAUAACUGACUCGCCUUAUCCGGUGGACGAUACCGAUACGGUUGCGGAGGUUGACAAGGCGGCCGAUGCUUUUAUAAAGAGGUUCUACUUGCAGUUGAGGAAGCAGGAUUGAGUCUUGUUUUCAUAAUUUUGUUUAUCUUUAACAUUUAAUAAAUGUUAAUUAUGAUUUUUGAACGUUAAGCUAUAUAGUAAGCAAUUUUUGAUGAUAUUUUGUAUGAGGAAAGUAAGAGAGGAUUCAUCUUAAUUAUGUUGAGCAUGAUUAAUUUUAUAUGAUUAGUUUUGGCUUGUAUUACUAAUAUAUGAAAAAUUAAAAUAAAAUUAAAAUGUUA